UCCUUGGACUGACUCAUGUAAAUCGUAUUUUUCCAGAGAAGCAAGUGCAUGCAAUCAGUUCCACUUUAGCUAUCGUAUAACAAAUUGUAUAUAAUCUGUGCUUCUAACCGCUACCAAAGCUAUUGGGAAGUAUAAUCGUUCCAUUGAACAAUUUUUCCAUAUAUUCUAUAGAAUUCAUACCAUGUCCAUGCCAAAAAUAGUGAUUUUGGGUGCCGGCGUGUCUGGUAUCGCCGCAGCGACAAGACUUAUUGAGAAUGGGUACACAGAUAUUACCAUCUUGGAGGCGGAGAACCGUAUUGGAGGAAGGGUCAAUUCGGUUGAAUUUGGGGGUAUGUAUGAUUGAUGUAGGAGCACAAUGGGUCCAUGGAGAAAAAGGAAACUGUGUCUACGAAAUGGUUAAAGACUUGAAUUUGUUAGAAACAUCAUUCAACAACUACCAAGAUAACACUUAUUAUUUAUCCAAUGGAAAAUCGCUUGACAAACGCAUAACGGAUGCAUUAUUCAUGAUAGCAAUGUCUGUUAUUAACGAUGAGGAUGAGGCCAAACUUCAUCCUGGAACUUUUGGUGAAUAUUUUAAAAAAGUAUAUUAUCAACGCAUAAAGAAUGAAUUUGGGAGUGAUACAGAUAUAUUAAGCUUAGCUAAAAUUUUCGAAGAAUGGACUGAAAAAUUCUUCCGUUGCGUCGACUCCACUGAAACUUGGUACGACGUAUCUAACAUUGGUCCAUUCGCUAUCCAGAAAUGCGAAGGUGACCAACUACUGAAUUGGAAAAACAAAGGUUACAGAACAAUACUUUAUGUCUUGAUGAAAAAGUUCCCAGACAUCACCAAGCAUUUGACUAUCGACGACAAGAUUCAUCUCAACAAAGAAGUCACUAAAAUAGUUUGGGACAAUAAUGACUCGUAUAAUGAUGGUGCAACUGUAACCUGCUCUGAUGGUUCAUCUUACAACGCCGAUCACGUAAUUAUCACCGUAUCAGUAGGUGUUCUCAAAAUCAUUUACAAAAACGUUUUUAUUCCGGAAUUGCCCGCCUUCAAAACCAACGCGAUUGAAGGCAUUACAUUGGGGACAAUAGACAAAAUUUUUAUAAAGUUUCCCGCCAAGUGGUGGCCUGAUGACUUGAAAGGUUUCAGUCUCCUGUGGACAGAAGAAGAUAAACGUAAACUGAGAAAAGAUUUCCCGCAUGGACCAAACGUCGAUGGCAGAUCUUGGCUUGAAGAUGUUUUCUGA